GAAAAAAAACUAGAGAAGGGAGAGAAAUAGUGAGAGUCGAGAGACAAUUAUUUUUAAUUUGUUUCAUUACAACCUUAAAUAGUCAUACUCUGUCCUGUAUCUUCUCAGAUUAUUUUCUCUAAUUAGCUGCUGCUGUGCUUCGUUGCCUUGUCUUCUUUCUCUCCUGCCUUGUCUCUUUUUCUCGAUUCAGUUUCUAAGGAGAGAGAGAAAAGGGUUUAUCACAAGAUCACUUGAAGCUCGCAUUUCUUAGGGUUUGAGUGCCCAGAUCUCAAUUGGCCGUUCAAUGAUAAGGGGUUUCCAGUUAGAAGCAAGAUAAUUUAGGGCUUUUAAUUCCUUGUGGCUAAGGGUUAUCGAUAGAUAUGAUGAAGCAGAUAUUUGGGAAAUUACCCAAAAAAACUUCCAAAUCAUCCAAUCCAAACGUAGAAGGGCAUCACGUCCCUCCCAGCUCAAAACCUUCAAACUCAAAUGCACCCAAUGGGACCAUUGCUCCUUCCUCAAACAGAGCCACCAAUGGGGUUUUUGAAGCCCUGCCUAGCUUCAGAGACGUUCCCACCUCAGAGAAACCAAACCUCUUCAUCAAGAAACUGACUCUAUGCUGCGUCGUGUUCGACUUCACCGACCCUUCCAAGAAUCUCAGAGAGAAAGAGAUAAAGAGGCAGACUUUGCUCGAGCUCGUUGACUACAUCUCCACCGUCUCCACUAAGUUCACCGACGCUGCGAUGCAAGAGAUUGCCAAACUGGCUGUGGUUAAUCUCUUCAGGGAGUUCCCUUCCGCGAAUCAAGAAAGCAAGAUCCUGGAAACGCUCGAUGGUGAUGAUGAGGAGCCUGCUUUAGAGCCCGCUUGGCCUCACCUUCAAGUUGUCUACGAGCUUCUCCUUAGAUUCGUGGCCUCGUCCAUGACUGAUGCCAAGCUUGCAAAGAGAUAUAUCGACCAUUCUUUCGUCUUGAAGCUCUUGGAUUUGUUUGACUCUGAAGACCAGAGAGAGAGGGAGUAUCUGAAGACCAUUCUCCAUCGAAUCUACGGGAAGUUCAUGGUCCAUCGACCUUUUAUAAGAAAAGCUAUCAACAAUAUCUUCUACAGGUUCAUGUUCGAAACCGAAAAGCAUAACGGUAUUGCGGAGCUGCUUGAGAUUCUUGGAAGUAUAAUCAACGGUUUCGCUUUGCCGUUGAAAGAAGAGCACAAGCUCUUCCUUGUCCGGGCUUUGAUACCACUGCACAGACCUAAAUGCGCUGCGGCUUAUCACCAGCAGCUUUGUUACUGCAUUGUUCAGUUUGUAGAGAAAGACUUCAAGCUUGCUGACACGGUCAUUAGAGGGCUUCUGAAGUAUUGGCCUGUGACUAACAGUUCAAAGGAAGUUAUGUUCCUUGGUGAGUUGGAAGAAGUCUUGGAAGCAACGCAAGCCGCUGAGUUUCAGCGGUGUAUGGUUCCUUUGUUCCGUCGAAUCGCAAGAUGCAUCAACAGUUCGCAUUUUCAGGUGGCUGAAAGAGCUCUGUUUCUGUGGAACAACGACCACAUAAGAAACCUGAUUACUCAAAACUAUAAAGUGAUAAUGCCGAUUGUGUUCCCGGCUAUGGAGAGGAACACGCGGGGCCAUUGGCACCAAGCGGUUCAGAGUCUGACUUUGAAUGUCAGAAAGGUACUGGCAGAGACAGACCAGGCUCUGUUUGAUGAAUGCUUAGCCAAGUUCCAAGAAGACGAGGUGAAUACAACCGAGGUUGUAGUUAAACGAGAAGCAACAUGGAAGCUUUUGGAAGACUUGGCGGCUUCCAAAACCGUGAGCAACGAGGCAGUGCUGCUCUCAAGGUUUUCAUCUUCGGUUACACUUGCCACUGGGAAAACUUCUGCUAGUUGAACACUUUCAAAAGAUCCAGCAGAGUUUUAUGAAACCAUUAGAAACAUCAGGAUCAGUACUUAAAAUGGAGAAACCGAAGCGGAAUGAGAUGAUCAUCGAAGAGGAGCAGUGUCAUCAGUGAAUACUUUUAACAUUUAUUUUUUUCAGGUUUCUGGAAUCAAGGGUUGCUCACUUAUUAGUUGUUUCUGAUCUCUUUUUUAUUGUCAGCUCUUAAAAGGAGUUGCAAAAAACAAUAUGUUGUGUAAUAAAUUGGUUCUAUAGAUAUAGUUCUUCA